UAUGAACAUGAAAUGUUUAUAAAUUUCAAAGAAGUGCUAACCAAUAAAUCAACAAGUUAUAUUGAAGCCCAAUGUUAAGGUUACUAUAAAUUUAAAAUGUAUUAGUUUGGUUAGGAAUGAGUCAGAAAGAAGUAAGGCAAAUUCACGCACUAGAAAUGAUUGUAGAUGAAAAAGAUAAUGAUAAUAACUUGCAACAAAAUUUCUUGAAUGAAAAAGAAGAAGAUGCAAAUGUGGAGGAGGAACUUUUAAACUACGUAGCUAAAAGCAAAGCAACUUUUAUAAGUCAACAAAAGGAUGAUCCAGAUUUAAGUUUAGAAGAAAAAUUAACAAUUGCUCGUGAUGUUCUUAAAAAAAGCCAUUGUUCGUUCUUAUCAAAAUUUGGACACUACUUAAAAGAAGAACACUUAAAAUAUUUUGAGAAGGAUAAAGAUGAAGACUAUGAAAUUGCUCACCAUAUUAAUAGACUGCGAAGGUAUUUUAAUAAUUCAACAAGACAAACAGAUAUUAGAAAUAGGCGGUAUCAAGCUUUAAAAACUUUGAUCGAUGAAGGGGAAUACUUCAGUGAAACAGAAAUGAUGAAACGAAAUCCAUUAUUAUACGAACAUUUGAUUGGACAAUAUAUGACUGAAAAGCAAAAACAGAUAAGAGAUAAUAUAGAUACUAAAAAUAUUACUUUUGUAAAUUUAUUAAUGGAGAGCAUUGACAGAGAUAAUAUAAGUAAGAAAAAAAAAUUACAAGAAGAAGAGGAACAGAAUGUAUUGGAAGAAACUGAAUCAGAUGAAGAACAGCAAGAUAGUUGUACAUUAAAACUUAAUACAGAAAAAACUGAACAGUGGGGAAAAUUUUUAGAAUUACACAAACCAGAACCUCAUAAUGAACUACAAAUAAUAAAUAAAAAGCCACAUAAUAUAUCUAAAGCAGAAAAACAAAUACUUAAACAAGAAUUUGUAAGCUACAUGUAUCAAAAUUUUUUAGAUGGGAAAGAUACAGAUUUUGAUUAUAGUACUGUUGAUAAUAAUGAAGCAUAUGAUAACAUUGAUAUAAGAUCACAGGAUGAAGAAGAUAAAUACUUUGAUUCAGAAUCUCCAGAAAUUGUAAAUUUAACUGAGGAUAUAAAUGAGAAUGAGACUGAGGAUGAAUUGGAUAUUUAUAUGAAAUCAUUGAAGGAGCAGGUUGCUACAAAUGCAAAAAAAUCCUUGGAUAAUCUUGUAUGCGAUGAUUAAUUAAAAUUCUUUUAUAUGUAUCAUAUUGUAAAUAAACAUUUAUGAAUAGUA